GACCUUCCCUUCGCCUCAGCUCGGCUCAGCUUAGCUCAGCUCAAACUCUGCACGGCACGCAACUUGUAGUGGCUAGCGCGGGUCGUUUUUCUCUGGUCGUCACGCCAUCCCUGGCUCGGGAUGGGUUCGCACGCCUUCUCGCACGCCGCUUCGCUGGUUUCUGGAUAUCGUUUAAAUAGGCUCAAGAUGGCUGUUUUCGGCAUCCACCAGCGUUGCUCGCUCUUCCAGUCUAACUUCCCAAGCUUCCGUCGCAAGGUUUCAGUCCCACUAUACCUCAUCGUGACGCACACUACUCCGAGUAGCCUUAAACACUGAGCAAGAUUUCUCUGUGCUUCAAGGAGCCCGCGAUACUCGUCUACUAAUCUAUACGAGCCUCGAGCGCUCAGCGCCGUCAAACACUUCUUAGCAUCUCGUUCGAACCGUUUGAAGGCGCGCUUCUACAGCUCCAUACACUCGGUCACCGAAACAGCCUGUAGCGAGGAUUUUUACCUUGGCGACCAUGCACGCCGCUUAUCCCAGCCAUUAUCCCGCCGCAUCUCAGCCAGGAGCCGGUCCUCACUAUCCCGGCCAGCAGCCCGCUCACGGCGCUCACGGCGCUCCUCCUCCCCCGCCUUACGUGGCGCCUCAAGUGCAAGUUCCCACGCAACCCUACGUGGUAGUGGGGCCGCAGUACUGCUUACCGUACGAGACUGUGCUUGUAAUGAAGGAGAAGAUGUUCUCGAUAAGGGAUAAGAAGGAUGUCCGAGAUACAAACGGGAAUUUACACUUCAAAGUUGCGGACAGGCUCCUUUCCAUUCCUAGGAAGACAACAAUUCAGGACGCCAAAGGUGCUCCCGUGUGCACGCUAGCGGGCAAGAUGCUAAGUCUGCACAACACCACUUUCCUCUGCCCAGGGGACAGCGGAGCCACGGAGAAUCAUUUAUUCAAAGCCAAGAAAUCCAUUUUCACCUUUUGCCCCAUUCUCAAGGUGUUUUUACGAGGAAAUUAUACGAAAAAUCCUGACAUUAUCCUGAGUGGCUCUUUUUUCCAACAUGACUUUAGAAUCACCACCACCACCGGCAUGCUUUUGGCCGAAGUGAAGCGAGAUUUGUUCACAGCGCGCGACCUUGUUUUCGACACCCAGACUUACUUCGUGCGGGUCAUGCCAAACGUGGACAUGGCGUUGGUUCUGGCUCUAGUUGCUCUGGCAGACACCAUUUUUGUUGACAACGAAGGUUCCGCUGUUGUUGAUAUUGCUGAAAUUGGUUGUGGUGUUGCUCAAGUUGGUUUGGCUAUAGCUGAACUAGCUGCUGCGGUUCCUGAUAGCUAGAUCUGUUGAGGUCACGGUUAUGCUUUAAGAGAAUUAGGGAUGGUUACGGUUGCCAUCCAAUCCCGUAGGUUGGUGGGUGGGUAUCUGAGUAGGGACAGAAUUGAGGGGUAAAAUGCCCUGAUUACCCUCUUGCCAAUGGCCACUUUUUGGAGUAUACCCUGAUUUUGGAAGGGUUAAAAGGUGAUUUCAGGCCAAAU